CUGGAUUAAAGUAUUACUAAACCCAGGACCCUGCAUUCGCUAUAUCUGGUCAGAACACGGAAAUGCAAUUAUUAAAUGUUACUAAACCCAGGACCCUGCAUUUACUAUAGCUGGCCUCCCACAUUACACAGAACAUGGAAAUGUAAUUAUUUUAGUAAACAGAAACUGCUAAAUACCUUUUCUCAUCAGCAGGUAGAGCAGCCUUGUGACUUCUAUCAGUGUCCAGCAGAGCACAUGUCCCGGCGUGUAGGAGUUUUUAUUCUGCUG